AUGGCUUCGUUUGGGUCCAUCAAGCGAACAAUUUUCGACAAACAAUCAAGAAAACAGCAGUAUCAGGAUCAUAUACGAGGCCUCAACGCCUACGAACGCCACAAGAAAUUCGUGGAUGAUUACGUUGGUUACUAUGGGAAACAGAAGUCCACUGAAGCAACAUUGCCUGUUAAAACCGAUCAAGAUACCCUUAGAGAAGGAUACAGGUUCAUAAGGACAGAAGAAGAUGACAUGAAUCCUUCUUGGGAGCAAAGGCUGGUGAAGCGCUACUACGACAAGCUCUUCAAGGAGUACUGCAUAGCCGAUAUGUCUCAGUACAAGACCGGCAAGAUUGGUCUAAGAUGGAGGACAGAGAAGGAAGUAAUGUCUGGAAAAGGGCAGUUUGAAUGCGGUAAUAAGCACUGCAACAGAAAAGACGGUUUGUCAAGCUAUGAGGUGAACUUUUCCUAUUUUGAAGCUGGAGACAAUAAGCAGGCCUUGGUGAAAUUAGUAGCUUGUGAGAGAUGCGCAACGAAGCUCUACUAUAAGAAGCGGAAAGAGGAGGAACGACUGAAACUAAAGGAAAAUGAAAAACACCAGAAGAAAAGGGACCGCUCUGAAAAUGAUGAGGAUACAGGUAGUGACUAUGGCAGAAGCAAAGAGAGGAGAAAAGGACGAAGGGCUUCGACUUCCGAGAACGGUUACAAUCUGGAGGAUGAUAACUUUGAUGAAUAUCUUGAAGGAAUGUUUCCAUGA